GCAAAAGUGCCAGGUGAAGUUCACCUAGCUCUAUUUGAACAUGGCCUCAUUGAGGAUCCACUCUACAGGUACAAUGAUGUGGAGAACAAAUGGGUGGCAUGGAGUAAUUGGACUUAUUCUAAACAAUUUAAUGUAUCAAAUGAAGACCUAAAAAGUCAGCAAGUUGAUUUGGUGUUGGAAGGGUUUGAUACAGUGGCAGAAGUUUUUCUAAAUGGACAGAGAAUUGGCACGACACGAAAUAUGUUCAGAAGAUAUGUUUUCAAUGUGAAACAUUUGUUGAGGUCGUCGACAUGUAACUUGCUGGCCAUCAAGUUUGUAUCUCCAGUUUGGUACGCCCGCCAAGAGGCAAUUAACUACCCUUACAGAGUGCCACCUGAAUGUCCACCUGAUGUCCAACAUGGUGAGUGUUCGUACAAUUUCAUCAGGAAGGCUGCUUAUUCGUUUAGUUGGGACUGGGGACCUUCGUACCCUUCUCUUGGUGUUUGGUUGAAUUUGUACCUGAACAUGUUUGAUUAUGCAUCUCUAGAAUAUGUUACCUGUGAAACUGUAGUAGAUAAUAACAAUUGGAGAUUGCAAAUCAGUACAUUUCUGCUGGUUUCUGGUCAGUCAUUUGGCAAAUCAUUGAAAGUGAUUGUUUCAAUCUCUCAACUUAAUGUCACUUAUGAAGAAAUUGUCGUUCUGAGAGCUAUCCAUCAAAAACAUGAUAACUCCUCAUCGAUAAAAAUGUGGUGGCCUUAUGGCAUGGGCGAUCAGGUGUUGUACGCUGUCGUCUCUCACUUUGAACUUGACAGCAAGAUGAUACGUAUUGGGUUCAGGACUGUUGAUUUGGUGCAAGAUUAUGUUCAAGAGGACAAUGGUUUGACAUUUUACUUCUCCAUCAAUAAUCAGCCCCUGUUUUUGAAAGGUUCCAAUUGGAUACCAAUGACAAACUUCCUGACCAAUCAAACAUCAGAUGAAGCUGAUUGGCUGCUGAGGUCGGCCAUCGAAGUUAAUAUGAAUGUGUUGAGAGUCUGGGGCGGAGGGGUCUACGAAACUGAUGAGUUUUACCAGAGGGCUGAUGAAUUGGGCAUUUUGAUAUGGCAAGAUUUCAUGUUUGCGUGUGCCCUUUACCCUACCAACCGGAUGUUUCUCGAUGACGUCAGACUGGAGACUAUACAUCAAGUAGUUCGCCGACUGAAGCAUCAUCCAUCCAUCAUCAUCUGGUCAGGCAACAAUGAAAAUGAAGGCGUUCUUGCUAACAAUUGGUAUGGAAUUUCUGACGAGGACUUCCCGAUGUACAAAUCCGAUUAUGUGAAGUUGUACGUUGACGUCAUUCGUGACGUGAUAUUGCAUGAAGACAUGAGCAGGCCGUACAUUUCAUCCAGUCCCACCAACGGACUGCAAACCAUGAAGGAAGGCUGGGUGUCCAAGAAUCCACAGGACGUCAGGUUUGGGGACAUUCAUUUCUACAACUACACAAUGGACGGAUGGCAGCCUGCCUUCUACCUGAAACCUCGCAUGGCAUCCGAGUUUGGAUUUCAGUCAUGGAGUUCCGCCGAGAGUUUGUUGGACGUGUCAAGACCGAAAGAUGAUUGGAAAUUGAUGGGGGAGUUCGCUCUGCACAGGCAACACCAUUCCAACGGGGAAAAAGAAAUAUUUUAUGAAAUAAAUCAGCACAUGGAAUUCAACCUAACUUCCAAAAACGACACAGAACAUUUUAUUCAUUAUGUCUACCUUAGUCAAAUCAACCAAGCGAUGAGUGUGAGAGCGCAGGUUGAACAUUACAGGAGGAGUGCAUGUCUUGGCCUGUGUGGCGAUGGUGGAACUAUGGGAGCACUGUAUUGGCAGUUGAAUGACGUCUGGCAAGCACCAACCUGGUCAUCUAUCGAGCAUAAUGGAAAGUGGAAACUCCUUCAUUAUUAUGCCAGGCAUUUUUUCAGCAGCUAUCUCAUCUCGCCUGUAAUUAGCGAAGAAGUCCUGAAUGAAAAUGGCAAGAAAGAUGAUGUUAUCCAGUUUUACUCCAUUAUCGACCACAUGUAUUUAGAUGAGGUUCUGCACAACAGUUCAAAUCUUACCUUAACAGUGUCUUGCUACCAGAUUGAACUAUUUUACGUUGCAAAAAUUUGGACCUUUCCAUACGAUCAAGUUUUUAUUAGAAAUUUUUUAAGUUUUUUUUUAUGCUAA